CGUACUAUUAACUAUAUCAUUCUUAAAAUAGACACAUGGGAUUUCGGAUUUCUUUUUUCCGAUAUUGUUUUCUGUUUAAAAAUAUUAUUUAAAAUAAUAAGUGAGUUAGACAUACUUGUUUAGGUGAUAUCAAAAUGAUAGUUAUUUUUGAAGAUGAGUGUUAACAAAGAAUACCACCACUUGAUACCAUCUCUGGAAGUAUACCCUAGAGUUCAUUUCUUCAGCAAAAGAUAUCAUGAUAUAAAGGAAAAGUAUAAGAAAUUCGCAGAUAAAAAUCGAAAGACGUUUUCUAUAAAACAUGUCGAUGCACCACUAAAUUGUAUAGAAAAUGGCCUAACAAUAAAGGUCGUUGGUAAAGAGGACCUUGACCCAGCAAACUUUGUAGCAACACAGCCCCACUUGUUCAAAGUGCUGUCAACUUCAACUGCUGGUAACAGAACAGAUAUCAAACAUGACACAAUUGCUCCAGUUAAUCCACACAAAGACUGUGUCCGGACAUUUAGUGCUUCCGGAAAGAAAGCUACCAAGUCAUCAGAUGACACUUCUGCCUCUACUUCUAAAGAAGGUCAAAGCGAAGCAUUCAAAAAUAACCCUAAAACUAUUAUAGUUAUAUGCAAUGCCGUUGUCGAAAGUCUAAAUGACAAAGGUCUGGAGGAUAUCAAGCUUCUGUGGAAAGGAUUUGGAAACAUGAAAGAACCACAUGAAUAUUUCUUCUUGUGUCGCUCAAACCAAGCAUUCACGCAAAGCGAUGAAAAUGUGUUUAGAAGCAGGCUGGAUGAAGUUUUCGUAGACUGCUUGAAAACGACUCACAUCAUUAUCAGAAGAAAAUCUGAUGAUAGAAUUGGUGACAAGAUAUCGUUAUACCUAGAAGAAAUGGUAGUUCAGAACCUCGUGACUGUUGAAUCCGAACUACAGAAGUACACAGCUGGCAAAAAACUAUGCAACACACAUAAGCCCCUCUUAGAAGAUGAUAUGAUCCGAACUGCAGUAAAAUCGUUUCUCCAAGGGAUUCCAGUGUAUGGCAAGGAAGCAACCGAAAACAUGCUACACGAAAAGUCUCGCAAAGUUGAAGACAGUAUUGAGGUCAAGAUGAGUGAAUUAACUCUGCGGCCACAAGAUGUUACUGAUAAAUGGCUAUGGGAAAAUAUCAAAAAUGAUAACAGACUAACAGAAAAACUUGCCUUAAUUGUCAAAUGCUGUGUUGUCUUAACUUUGUCUGAAAGACACAAUAUCAUAUUGCAACUAUGUAACAAUAUUCUGAUCGGACAUAACUUUGAACAGAGGUGUAUCGAAAUGUUCUCAGAACGUUUAGUGCGCUACGUGAACAGACUGUGGUAUUUUACCGCAGUAUCGUCAUGCGACCAUCUUCAGUCAGUUGCAUAUCCUCAUGUGCUCUCUUUAAUACAAGCUGAUCUUCUCGACUUCGUGACAGAUAUUGAACGGGGCGUGCGUCAGUUUGCGUCCACAUUGAGAAAACUUCUGUUUGAGAUAAGCAGUUGUUUUAAAAAAACCAAGGUAGAUAUUGAAAAGAUAAAAGAAAGACAACAAGCAGCCAUUGUUAGUAAAAAGGUUGUUAAUAGUCUUCGAAAGGAAAUACUCAGUAUAAAAGAAGUUUAUGGUGUUGGUACAAUAUAUGGUCAUUUUGAAAUUCACGUGAAUGAAAAAAGCGCUGUCGAGAGGGUAGAAUCGCUCAUUCGAGACAUGCUCCGGAAGAAUAACAUGUCCUGUCCAUUUUCUGUACGAGCAUUAGAGUUAAAGCUAGAAAUGUUAGCAGACCAUUCUUUUCACGAGCAUGGAGAACGCAUAGAAUGCGAGACGCGCACAGGUACAUUAGCCGGUUUUGUAGAGGGGAGUGAUCAAAGGUUGUAUGGCUUAACAUGUGCACAUGUUGUGAAAGCGGAAGCAGACUGUGAUGUUUUCAUUUACGAUGGUUCCGAUAGUCGGCGUGAAUUUGCAAAAUGUGUUCCACACAUGAUCGUUUCCCCGGGAACUUCAACAAAACCGCUCAUUGAUUUUGCUGCAGUACGAGUCAUUGAUUCUGUUCAAAGCAGAUGUUCAAUACAUCUGAAAGAUGAUGAUUGCAUGUCGAAGCCAGGUAUAAUAGCUGCAGACACAACGCAGGAUCUAGCUGGUAUUUAUGUCUACAAACACGGUGCUACUUCUCAGUUAACAAAGGGUCUAGUCUCUUCUGAUGAUUAUAGCGUUCUAAGUACAGAUGAGACCCAUUAUGUUUUUCUCAUCGAAAAUUAUGAUGAAGACGAAGAAAAUGUCUUUGCAGAGGCCGGUGACAGCGGGUCGAUGAUUUGCGCCCCAGAUGAGAAUGAAGUGUAUGUUGUGAAAGCUGUUGGCGUUUUACAUGGACGCACAAUUACACCAAUUGAGGGAGAUACACAAAAAUAUUUUUCAUUUCGACUUGUUGAUGGUUUACGAAAACUUACAGAGAGAGCACAAGGUGUGCAGUUUAAUUUUCCAAAGUGCUGCUGGUUUUGACUAUUAUUUUGUCAUGUCUAAAGUUGAAGUGCCAUACAUUUUAGUGCCAAGACAUUCCCCAGUACUUUUUAACUCUUCCAUGUAGUUACAGCGUUCAAGUGUGACUACCAUACAUAUAAAUGUCUUAACUUUUUCAAGAUGUCAAUCAUUCAUUUCUUAUUAAAUGAAAAGCACAUAAUGAGGAUCAUCAAAAUUAAUGUCUCCAGGGACUCGAUUCUUUGGUUUAGGUGUUUGGAAUUUUGUUAUUUUAUUUGUUAGCUCGUAGUCGCGAGGUCGACCCCAAGCUCAUGAGGAUUUUUUUUUUCUAAUGCAUUAAAUUUGCAUAUUUCUGUUACUAAUUGAAAUAUUCUUUAGUUCACUGAUGAUGUGCCAUAGCGAUAUUUUUGCUCAAAUGAGUUGCAUUACUUUUAUAUAAAGUGUUUCUGAUCCAAUUUGAGGAAUGGUGUACCUAUUCAACAAUGUAUUUAUAUUUUCAACGUGACUGGUUUACUGAAGAAUGUAUUUAAAACAACAUUUAAUGAUUAAUGAAAGUUUUAAAAAUACAAAUCCUGGACCAACUACUGGAAUAUUGUUGUGACUCUAUACCGGUGCAAUUAUUUGUGAUAAUCUGUUUAAUAUAAAAAAGACUUGCUAAAUGAGACACUUAGAAUAAAACCAUAAGACCUUUUAUGAAAUAUUUUAUAGACGAUAGUUCAAUUUGGUUCUUAUAUUUUUAAAAAAAUUGAUAAGCAUACCAUAUCCAUUGCUUCUCUCUAUGUAAUUAAUAGAAUUUUAUAAUGUUAUGUUUUUAAAUUUUUGUUAACUUUUGGAAUUUUAUAAUGUUAUGUUGAUAUUUUUUUUAAUUUUUGUUAUACUUAUAUAUUGGUAUAGCUUUAUCUCUUUCUCGUAUAUGCAAAUAAAAGUUAACCUAUUAAUUAAUUGUGAUAAUAACAUAAAAAAUAGCUGUUAACAUAAAUUAAAAGAUUCUUUUUUAUCAAACGAUCGAUGCUCCAAUUGAGGCGCAAUUACGAUUCUUUAGAAAAUAAAAGGACAAUUUUUUUACUUUGUAUUUAAUAUAUACUUUAUUUCCUUUAUAUUUUUGUCAUGAAAUGUCUAAAAUUGACAGCAUUUUGAUCUCAUAAGCAUGUGGUUCCAUUUUUUUCUGUGUAUUUUAUACACGUAUACAAAGGGCAAAUUUACAAAACAAUGGUUAUUUAUAACAGCAGUUCGUAAUUGUUUUCCCCGCGCAAUAUAUGUUGUAACUAGAAAAUAUGCAGUAAACAUAUCAAAUUUAAAAAGUUUGGAUUCAUUUGAAAAACUUUAUAUUAACAUGUUUAGAUAUGUGAGUGUUGAUAAUCUAUAACUAUAUUCAGAAUGUUUUAAUUUUAAAUAAAAUGUUCAAAUUGUGUUGUUAAA